UAUCCGUUAACCCCUGAGCGUUCACUAUUACCGCAGUAGACAAGCGUCCUGGAAAUACCUGUAGGUUGGUGAUCAGCUGCGCUGUUUCCCGGCUUGAACAGAUCCAUACCAAGGGCUGUCAAAGCUGUCAGGGCCCAGCUCAGCCACAUAGGUAGAUCAGAGAUGCUAUCACUGCAGGUUGCCCAGCCCGCCGAGUUUAUCCCGGGAGCGUCCACCUUACUCCUUGGUCUAGCAUUGCUCCUGCGAGUAUCCAGGCUUGCCACGCCGAGCCCUGCAGGCUGUCGGGCGUCCACGAUUUUGUACGUUAACGUACGGCAGACGCUGCCCGCGGCUUCGGUUCUCAAUUUGAACAAGAUGUGGCUGCUUCCGUUCCCCUAUCUCUCAAGGCGGCAUGGGCAUGGGCAUGGAUUCCAAUGCCGCCGUCCGGCCGGCGCACAUCCGAUCGACAAACAGCAACCCUUCUUGCAGUCCGACGCUGCAAGAUAACCUACUCUCCACCAACCUGCGAGGCAGGGCUGUUUAAGGUAGGGAAGACGCCGCAGCCGCAUACUGGCACUGGGAAGAUCGACAGUCCAUCUUCGUGGCGGCACUCUAAAAAUCUCUUCA